GAGACAUCACUGUCUCACUCUGAUAACACGGAGCCGCUUAAUGUUUAGCCCAAGAUCCACACACACACGCACAGACACACAGGGAAGCAGAGGGAUUACAAAGGCACAGAGACCCGUAUGCUGUCCAGGGAUGGAGGCGAGAAAACUAAUUAUGGGGAGAAAACGAGGUAGUAAUGACCAAGGGACUGGUAUUGAAGAUGAAGUUUUAGCAGAGCCACAUGGGAGAGUCUCAAGUCGUCCACUCUCUGCUGUAGUUCGCCUCUAUGUGUACGCACUGCAUGGCUGCCUCUGUGAGGUGGUCUUCACUGCUGUGUGGGACUGGUGCAGCACCCAGGACAGGAGGCUGGCAGGUCACAGCAGCCUGUGGGCGCUGCCUAUGUACGCUACCGCAAUCUACUUCAUGGAGAGCCUGAGAUCCCAGCUGCUGGAUAAGCGUCACCCACUGCCAGUGCGUCUGAUCGCCUACACCAUGUUCAUUUACCUAUGGGAGUUCAGCUGGGGGGCAGGGCUGAGGCUGCUGGGGGCAUGUCCAUGGGACUACUCAGGUUAUAAGUACAACCUGGGAGGACUGGUUACACUGGAGUAUGCACUACCAUGGGCUGUGGCAGCAUUUUUAGCAGAGAAGCAUGUGAUCAGGAACACUCUGAGGAUAAGACUGCACAACUAAACUGAUAUCAGUCUGGAAUAAUGUGCUUCCAAGGGCAACCAUAAAGCAUUCAUGGACAUUGUUUUAGGAACACCACACUUUUGUGAUCUUAACAUUUUGAUAUUACUGUAAAAGGUUGGUGCACAUGCUGCCCCUCCCUGAGCUGUGUCAUUAAAUCGGACAACCUUUUUCAGUUCAAUUUGUGAGCGUUUUUGUCUCUCACAGUCUGAUUUUAUGUUAGGGCAACUGAUUUGGUAGCCGAUGUAACUUACUGGAUGACAGCUGUAAAGGAACAGUUUGGGAUUUGGGGAAAUAAGUUAAUUAGCUUUAUUGUUAAGAGUUACAUGAAGAUCGACAGCAUUUUUAUUUCUGUCUGUUAAAUACAGUAUGAAGCUACAGUACAUGCAGAUUAGCACAAAGAGCAGGAAAGAGCUAGAUAAGUGUAAACACAAAAAGUUGUGGUUUUAUGGGGGUUUGGAGCUGGACUAUUUCUUAGCUGGGAGCUUGUCACCAAGAAAUUGUUACAGCAUGUUACUCCCUGUAAAACUACAAAUUGUCAUCUUAACAUUUUAUUGUGUGUAUGAAUGAGACUUUGGUCAGAGCCAGGUUAGCUGUUUCCUUCCAGUCUGCAUGCUAGGCUAAACUAAAUGCCUCCUGUGUCCAACUCUGUACUUAACACACAGGCAUGAGAGAGAAUUUGACUUUCUCAUUUAAAAGUCAGCAAGAAAGAGAAUGAGAGUAUUUCCAAAAAUGCCAAACAUUUCAUUUAAUUAAAUUGUAUCGUUUAAAUCAACUCAGAUCUGGACUGUCCACUAGUCACUGAAUACAAAACAUUAUCAUAACCAGUCUGACUGUAAGCCGGUUACAGUGAGUCAGACAUCAAACCAAAGCAGAGGUGGGUAGUAACGAGUUACAUUUACUCAGUUUCACUCAAGUCGCUUUUGAAUAAAUUGUAGUUGCAAGUGUAAUUUUAAUGCAGCAUACUUUUGAUUCUUAAAGUUUUUAGAGAAAACCCAUUACUUUUACUCUGUUACAUUUGGAUACAUUCAUCACACUACUUUUAUUCAUUAUUUUAUGCAUUCAUGAUCUGGUCAUGAGUGGUCAGCUGGUCCCAGGUCUGCUGGUGCUCUGUAGGCCUACUGCAGCCAUGCCUCAGCAAGCUACAGUAGGUGUAUUGCUUUCAAAUAGCUCUAGCAGCUUAUAUUUCUCUUCUCUGAUAGUUACAGGCAAAUUACAGGUUUUUUUAAAUUGCUUACACACGUUUUCUGAAAGCAAGGCUCAUUUUCAGUACAAAAACUCACACACAAAACUCCACAAUCUGCGAAUCUCUUGCAAAUGCAAACACUGCAUUCAGAACACUGUUAUGUCUGGUGAUGGAGCAGUGGAUAAGACACAUGCCUUUGGUUUGAGAGACCUGGGUUCAAUACCCCACCCACUGUGACACAUCUACCAUUGUAUCCCUGUGCAAGACAAUUAACCCCUAGUCACUCCAGUGUGACCUCUGACAUAUAUAGCAAUAAGUCGCUUUGGAUAAAAUUGAAUAAAUGUAAUGUUUCUAUAAUGUAAUGUUCUCAAAAUGAAGCGUUGUCUUUAAAUGACACAAACCAGCUGAACACUGAAGUGAUGGAAAACCCUAUGAUGAGCGGAAAACACUACAAUGAUACACUUAGUAGGCCUUUCGCAUUUUCAGUGUUUCACUACAUAAUGUUGUAAACUGUUGUGUUUUCAUACUCAAAAAUAAAACGUAAAUACAAGAA